AUGGCCAGGAUUCGGACGAUCCAGCGCUGCCGUUUCCCGAUCCUUUCGGCAGCCAAGCUAUCGGGCUCAGCACCAGCCAGAGCAGCGUCACACUGCGAUCCCGGUGGGGAAUGCAGGACAGACAGGACAGACAAAGACACCGCGCCAGACAAAGCGGAGGAGCGUCGAGGGGGAGGGGAAGGCUGUACGGAGUACAGAGUCCGUAAUAAAUGUAUUGCUGGUAUUGCUGGUAUCUGCGCCAAACCGUGUUGGUUGGGCAUGGAAUCGUGCCAUACAGACGGCCUCCGCAGCGAGGUCCCCGAUGCGACGACUGCGAAAACUCGAGGAAGGCUGCCUCCAGGUGCACACUGGCUGGCAUCUUCAUCCCUUGAUGCUCAGCCUGCCACGCGCUCUCUGUCUGCCCUGAGCAGGAAAGGCCGUGAGAGCGGGUGGAGCGGGCGACGGCCCAAUCAGGUGCCGGUCACGGGCAGGACGCAGCGUGUCCACACGAGUCGAAUCAGUCGAUCGGAAGGCGCCACCGGCUCGCUCCAACCCAGGAGGCCGGGAACUGCAGGCGAGGAGCCCGACGAGGGAGUCGAGCGACGAGCAGACGAGGCUCUGCCUGUCCUUCGCCUCACGCGCGGCCUCUGCCCGCUGACUGGCCCGACUAGUCGUCGCAAUAUUUCGACCAGUGGCCCCUCCCCUCUCGUCCCCCCACCCAACUGGCCCCGCCGGCGACCUGAAAGCCCGAACAGAGACGACGGUGAUCCAAGCGGCAGUACCGGUGUCAUGGUUACUACAGAGCCAUUGAGCCACUAUCUGGCCGGUUUGGCCGGCCGUGGGUCGACCUGCAGCAUGACUUUGGCUAACGCUGGAUCAGUAGGAAGUUACAGCACCCUCGAUAGUAGUCCAGACAGGGAUGUGGCAGAUGUGGCAGCUGCGGCAGCGGGAGUGGGAUGCACUGGAGAUCAUGACAACGCUGGCCACCCCUGUCGGGAGAGCAAAACCAGAGCCGUGGGUAUGGAGAAGGUUAGCACUCGGUACGGAGGACGGAGUAACGGUGGAGGCAUGGCAUGGCAUGGCAAGUCUGAGUCUGGGGAAGAAAUUGUCCAAGUGUCAACUCAACAGAUGGGCCGGACCGUCUGUCGAUUCCAUGGAUUUGGGACAGAGAAGUAUAAAUCAAGUGAGAUUAUUUACCCGGAUGUCGACACUGCUAUCAGUACUGACGCAACCCCCUCCAUAUCAGCAGAUCAAUCAAAAUAA